AUGAACACAUCACUGUGGCCUCCUGUUUUCCCAAACGUCUCCAGUACACUUAUCAACCACAGAGAAGAGUCCAACAAAACCAGACUGGAUGUUUCAGGAAGGUGUGAGCAGGUCCACAUUGCUCCUGAGGUCUUCCUCACACUUGGACUGGUCAGCUUGUUUGAGAACAUCCUUGUUAUUUUUGCCAUCGUGAAGAACAGGAACCUCCACUCUCCGAUGUACUUCUUCAUUUGCAGUCUGGCCCUGGCAGACAUGUUAGUAAGUGUCUCAAAUGCUUGGGAGACCAUAGUGAUCCAUCUCCUAGCUAACAGGAGGUUAGAUGUCGAAGACCACUUCAUCCGUCAGUUAGAUAAUGUGUUUGAUUCUCUCAUCUGCAUUUCUGUGGUGGCCUCCAUGUGUAGCCUGUUGGCGAUCGCCGUGGAUCGUUACAUCACCAUAUUCUAUGCAUUGCGCUACCCCAGUAUCAUGACCCUAAGGCGAGCUCGUAUAAUCAUUGGCGGCAUCUGGAGCUUCUGCACUGGCUGCGGAAUUUUAUUUAUUCUCUACUCUGAUAUGAUACCUGUGGUUGUUUGUCUGGUGUCCAUGUUCAUGGCCAUGCUGCUGGUAAUGGCUACGCUGUACACACACAUGUUUCUACUGGCAAGAUCCCACGUGAGGCGCAUGGCCAUGCUGCCGGGUUCCAACACAUCCAUCCAGCAGCGGGCCAGCAUGAAGGGCGCCCUCACUCUCACCAUACUUCUGGGAAUCUUCAUUGUUUGCUGGAUGCCACUCUUUCUCCACCUCAUCCUUAUGAUCUCCUGUCCAAAUAACCUGUACUGUAUCUGUUUUAUGUCCCACUUUAACAUGUACCUGAUCCUGAUCAUGUGUAACUCGGUAAUUGAUCCGCUAAUCUACGCUCUGAGGAGCCAGGAGAUGAGGAAGACCUUCAAGGAAAUCAUCUGCUGCUAUGGCUUGCAAAGCUUUUGUAUUUUCUCCAGUAGGUAG